CAUAUAAUCAGCGUCGACAAUUAAGUUAAGGUUAGCCCAUAGGGUAUCAUCAAUAAUUAGAUUUUGUUGUGAUAUAUUUAAUUGUUAUAAGCGAAAUACGCGUUUAAAUAAUGCCAAAAGUUGUUUCAAGGAGCAUAGUUUGUUCGGAUACGAAAGAUCAAGAAGAGUACAGCGAAGAAAAACCUCUGCAUACUUAUUAUUGUAUAUGCGGACAAAUGACACUUAUAUUAGAUUGUGCUUUGGAGAAGCUGCCACUUAGAAAAAGAGAUGGUGCUAGAAUUAUUGAUGGAAGCAAACACGCUCAUAAGAUGACAAGCGAACAAGAUGAAAUUACAUAUUUGAAACGACCCAAGGGUAUUGAAAAACAGUAUAGGCAAAAAUGUAAAAAAUGCGGCUUAUUUCUCUAUUACAAACAUGAAUUUACACCAAACAUUGUAUUUAUUGUUAAGGGAUCUGUUGUUAAAAGUUCAGGAGAAGGUCCUAUGACUGACAUUUAUAAUCAGGUAGAAGUAGAAAAACCUAAAAAAGUUAUGGUAACUAAACAUACAAAGAACAUGGGAAAAUUCAGCUCCGUCACCGUUUCAACAAUAGAUGAAGAGGAAGACGAAAUUGAAGCUAGAGAGGUGGCAGAUUCUUACGCAAAUAAUGCUAGAAUUAUUGAAAAACAAUUAGAGAGAAAGGGAAUGAAUAAGCGAAAAACUAUGCUCCCACCACCAUCGGAUAUUAAAAAAACAAGAGGAACACUGUUGGAUAUAUAAUAAGCGUAUAAAUAAUUAUUUCCAUGAAUUUAAGAUACUUAGAAUUAAAUAACAUACCAA